ACCUAACCUAACCUAACAUUUGUCAAUAGUCUGUCUCACGUUAAUCCAAACUUACUUUACCCUAUAAUUUAUCCGCAAAAAUGGCCAGCGAACCUCCACCGUUAACAGAAGAAGAAAAGUAUGAACUGGCCCUACAGUCCGAGCACGAACUCGCACGUUAUGCUCGCACUUACACCAUCAUGGAAAGAAAUAGGGCGGAAUUCAUGCAGGCCGGUAACAAAGGGAAGUUAGCGAAACAUAAAAUGGUCUUGGACAUAUUUAAGAAAGAACAAAAAAACAUUUUAACUGAUUUAGCCGUGGCCUCUGCAGGGGCGAGAAUUAAAGAGGACUCGAAAUUAUCAAGAAAACUCGCUCAUCUUUUAGUUGAACACGACGAGUUCGAUGAAGAAAUCAAAAAAGAACGAAACUAUACAAAAGAAAUUGAGGAUCAAAUACAAAUGGUUAAGAGGAAAACUUUGGAUUUGGCUGUUAAUAAAAUAUCUGACGACAUGUAUCAGGAAAGAGUACUGAAGGGCGAACAAACCAUUCAAACGUUAGAAAACAAGCUGGAAGUCCAAAUAAAAAAGUUCUGUGCCAUAUGUGCUCAGAACGUACAACUGAGAUCAGAGAUCCAACACUUACUAAACGAAAGAAGUGAGUUUAAUAAGACGUGGAACAAACUGAUCAACAACCUGUGCGUGGGCAAGAAAUUCAUGAUGGACCUUAUCGAACAAGCGACAAUCGCCUACGAUCAACGCGAAGAGUGGGUCUCGAAACUACAAAUUUUACGCACGAAAGCCCAUAACGACCUCGUGUCUCACAUAGGCGAAAUGCGGGAGCUACAAAGGAAACGCGACAACGACGUUAAAUUGCAAGAGUUUUUCGCUGUUAAAGGACAGAAACGGUUUAUGAAAGAUUUGGAAGAUAUACAGUUGAAAAAGAGACAGAAGAAUAAGGCACUUAUUGAGAGAGACUUGGAGGGUUAUUUGAAUUUGCUUAUUGCCAUAAGGGAGUUUACUCAGCAAGAGCAUAUACCUGAAAUCGCCAAAGAAUUCCUAAACCAAGAGGAAGAAAACUUCGCAAAAUUCAAAUACAUAAACAACAUGAACCAACAAAUGGAGCAACUCAGUGACGAACUGUCAAAAUACCAUUGCGAAAUCGAUAAACAGAAAGCGUUACAUCUGGCCUGGGCUACGAAACAGGAAGAAAAUCUAAAAAGAUAUCAGGGAAUGCUUGACGAGAAGAAGAAGUUGAAAGAACGAAAAGAAGCCGAACUGAAGGCGGUAAACCAAAAAUUAAAUAAUAUUUUAAACGGAAUCGGGAUAUUGUUUAAGUUGUUUAGGUGCGAUAAUGAUCCUCUUAUUCGAAUGUUGGGUCAUAACGAAACGAUCCACUACUAUAACGCCCCACUCUACCUACAGAUCCUCGAGAAGAGCAUCCACGAAGCCUUGGUUACUGCACACCAUAAAGCGGUCAAUGCCGCCUCUAAGUUGAAAAAAGGUGGAAAAGUUGAUGUGUCCAUCGUACGACAAGACAUAAAACCGGAAAUAAUUGAACCGGUCGACCGGAUAUGCAGCACCAGUCCGUGUCCGUUAUGCGUGGAACACGAUCUGGUCAGUGACGUAAUCGACGAACUCCAAACCGCUUAUACCAAAGAAGAAAUCCAAGAGAGACUGAAAGCGAGACUGGAAGUCGAAGGUUCCAAUGUGGGAUUGCAUAAUGUAUCCGCUUGUCACUUACCGAAAUCUAGGCAAAUCAUACAGAAACGUUAUCAAUAAAACGUUAUUUUUUAA